AUGAUUCCUUCUCCAGCUCAGUCUACUUCUCUACUGACAGCAACACCUAAAAAGAGUAGUCAGGGUCCAACUACUGUCAUCAGGUAUACAUCCCCUUCAGGAACCACAGCCCCCUCCCAAGUACCAACAAGUUCUUUGUCUGCAACUUACCCAAUAACAGCAACACCUGAAAUGGGUAGCAUGUCUCCGACCUCCACAAUCAGGUCUACAACACUCCCUUCAGGAACCACAAUUACCUCUCCCGCUCAGAUGACAAUUACUACUUCAGUGUCAUUUGGAACAAACACUAGUCUAGCUCCAACCACUGGAAUCAGGUCUUCAUCCCCUUCAGGAAGGACAAUUCUGUCCACUGCUCCAGUGACUGCAACUGUUACAACAGAUAGUUCAGUCACAGCAAACAGGUCUACAACUCCCCCUUCAGGAAUCACAAUUACCUUACCAGCUCCGACAGCUUCUUUCCCAGUGUCUGUAUCACCUGAAAGAACUUCUCCAGUGAUGACAAUACUUCAAACAGCCAGUAGUAUGACUCACACCUCCACAAUCAAGUCUACAUCCCCCUUACGUAAUAUAACUCUCUCCCAAACUCAGACAACUUCUCAUGUGUCUGCAACACCAGGAACGACUUUUCCCGUGACAGGAAUGCUGAACACGAGUAGUGAGGCUCAAACCACCACAGUCAGGGCUAGAGCAUCCUUUUCAGAAACCAGAAUUCCCUCCCAGCCUCCAAUAACUACUCAAGUUUCGGCAACAACUUAUCCAAUGGCUGCAACAGUUGGAGAAACCAUAAUUCUCGGCCAAAAUGCUGUAGUCCUCUCUACAUUGGAAACAACUCCCAGCCAACCUCUGACUCACACAGUGUCAGCAACAUCAGGAACAACUUCUUCACUAAUAGCAGCAGUAGGAGCUAUCAGUAGUCUGGCUGCAACCACUGCAAUCAAGUUGACACAGUCCAUGACUAGAACCACCAUUCCCUUCCCACCUCUGUUGACAACUUUGACAGUGACAAGCGUGGGAACAUAUAGUAGUCAGGCUCCAAGCACUGCAAUCAGUUCUACAUCCCUUUCAGGAACAAUAACUCCCUCCAAAACACCAACAACGUCAUGUUCUGUGUCAGCAGCUGGAACAACUUUUACGGGGACAGCAACACUUGGAACAAGUAGUCUGCCUCCACCCACUGCAAUUAGGUCUACAAGAGCUCCUUUAGGAACCACAGCUCCCCGAACUUCGAUUACUCAGCCAGUGUCGGCAACCCCUGAAAGGACUAGUAGUCCGGUUCCAUGCACCACAGUCAGAUCGACAACGCCCCCUUUACUAUCCACAAUUCCCACCUCCACUACAGUAACUACUCAAGGGUCAGCAUUAAUUGGAACAACCAGUAAUUUGGCUCCAACCACUGUAAUCUUGUCAACACCAUCCCCUUCAGGAACCACAAUUCCUUUUACUGAUCCAACAAUGUUUUCUCCAGUGUCAGCAACACCUGUAACAACUACUUGUCACACUCCAACCAUAGCAGUCAAGUCGACAUCUCCUUCCGGAAUGACAACUCACGCCACAGCUCAGACUAUUACUUCGUCAGUGUCAACACUUGAAACAACCAUGGGUCUGACUCCACAACUGCAAGCCUGUCUACGUUCUAUUUGGAAAUGACAGUUUCCUCAGUAGCGCCGACAUCUACUUCUGCUGUGACAGCGAUACCCGAAACAACCAGUGGUCCAGCUCUAACCACUGCAAUACCAUCUACAACUCUACUACAACGAUCUACAACUACUCUAUCCCAAGCACCAACGGCAACUUCUCCAAUAAUUGCAACAGCCUCUUCAGUGACUGCAACACCUGAAACACUUUCUCAAGUGACCGCAAACAUUUAUCGGAGUCCAACCACUACAAUCCUGUCGACUUCCCAUCCGGGUAUGAUAAUUCCCCCCGCAGCUCCAACAUCUACUUCUGCAGUGACAACACCCGAAACAUCCAGUAGUUCUGUUUCAACCCCGACAGACCUGUCUACAACAUGUAUUUCAGCAACGACAACUCCCUCCCAAGU